UUUGAGUCUGACCGGUGGACCAUCACCUCAGUGUGUUAAGUAUCUGGCGGGCCCCGGCGAAUGGAAGGGAGGUCUAUCUCGUGUCGUCCGCGGUGUGUGCAUGGUCUCCUAGCUUCGCUCAUGUUCAAAGGAAGGGAGAAGGACCGGUGUCAAGGAGUUGUAGUUUCUCGCUUUUGUUACAUGCACGUAGUCAUACUGGAUUCCCGUAAGUGUUUACCAUGGAUUGCUGCAGCAAGAAACGGUUGUUGAUGAUAAUGACCAGUGCUUGUGCGUGUGCCGCCUUCGGCUUGCUGUCCAUUGCCGUAGCCACGGAUUACUGGCUCUUUACAAUGGAUCGACUGAAGGAAACUAGCAAUGGGUCCGUGUAUGAUCGUUUUUGGUCGGGCCUGUGGCGGAAGUGCAGGAUUACUGAUCAGCCGAUACACCACAUGAACUGCGAGUAUAUCCGGUAUUUCACGAUGAACGAUGACAGGGACGGAUUGCCUCAAACAGACGCCAUACUGUUAACAAUGAGAAGAUCCACGUGGUUUCCUUUAGCAAGUCUUCUAAUUCUUUUGAUAGGAACAAUUAUAUGUUUCGUUGGUCAUUGCAAUUCAGGAAGAAAAAACUUAACCUUUGUCUGUGGAAUUUUAUUUGUACUAGCAGGGUUGUGUACGCUUGUUGGAAUUAUCCUUUACAUAGGCAGCAUUACAGAGGAGGUUGGAAAUAAAGGAAAAGGUAACUCCAUGGAGGAGCCCAAAUUUAAAUAUUUUUACGGAUCGUCCUUUAUGAUGGCUGUGUCGUCGUUCGCACUGACCGAGUUGUCGGGCGUGUUUUCUGUGUACCUGUAUAUAACGCGCUAUAAACAUUCACAACGAAAGAAACUGCAGCAAAUGUUAAAGAGCGAACAAAAUGAUAGAGGAAAUAGAUGGCGCUAUAGGAAAUCUCCGUCUCAGUCACGAGACCGAUCACAGUCCCGGGACCGCUCCGGCGAUCCUUCUCUCAGUCGCUCUGAGAGUUAUUACACCUAUACACCAAUAUCGGAAACUACUUCUCAUGAACUUUCUAAUUAUACAUUUCCUAGAGAAGUUUCAGGCAAUACCAUAUCAACGACUGUAGAUACACAUGCUCCACGUGACCAUGCAUCACGUGACCACGCACCACGUGAUCAUAUACCACGCGAUCACGUACCGCGUGACUAUCUACCACGUGAUCACCUACCACGGGACCAUCUACCACGUGACCAUUAUCCACGUGACCACAACCAGCGUGACCAUAUACCUGUGCCAACAGACACGUAUUUACGGAGAACAACCCCCGUAUAA